AUGGGCUUGGAAUUUGCUAAAGAGCUGAGGAUGCCCUUGAGUAGCAGAUGCAAGGGAGAAUUGUGUCAGGGCAGAUACAAAAUGCUGAUAGUGAUGCUGGUGUUGGUGCUUCUUCUGUUCCUUACCCAGAGCGUUGUCUGUGGGGCAGAAAGGGCAAAAUGCCCAUUGAAUUUGUUUGAGGAUCAAGAGAACCCUGUCAACCAUUAUAGGCCAGGAGACUACCUUAUUGGUGGGAUCCUACCUGUAUCUGCUGCUACUCGAAAACCAGUCCACUUCAAUCAGCCUCCCAGAACUCAUAGAAAUCCAAUCACAAACUGUGUGAGCAUCUUGGCCUUCCUGUUUGCCAUUCGGGACAUCAAUCGGAACCCCCGGCUCUUGCCCAAUGUCACUUUGGGCUACAACAUCUACGACAACUACGGUGAUGCACGUCGGAGUUACGACGGCUUGUUCUACCUGCUCUCCUCUGGGCAAAAUAAUAUCCCGAACUAUCACUUCGGAAGAGAGAAGACCCUUCUGGCUGUUGUUGAAAGGGACGAGUCUGAAAUCUCCAUCCAGAUUUCACAUCUGAUGGGCAUCUUCAAAAUCCCACAGGUCAGUUAUGGGUUUGUUUCCCACAUUCUUAAUGAUCCAGUUCGGUUCCCUUUUUUCUAUCGGACGGUUCCGAAAGAGGAGCAGCACUACCCGGGGAUUGUCAGACUGCUGGUGCAUUUCGGAUGGACGUGGAUCGGUCUCAUCGCGUCCGACACUGAGAACGGAGAACGGUUCCUGAGAGUCUUUCCUCCUCUGGCCAGCAGGAGUGGGGUUUGUGUGGCCUUCUCACAGACUUUCCCAACCAUAAAGCCAUACCUGAAAGAUGCACUGCUCUUGUCGUCAGAUGCAUUUCGCUUGUGGAGGGAGGUCAAUGUAUUUGUUUCUUAUGGGGAGACACAAGUUUCGGUCAAUAUAUUUAUCCAUAUGCAAGCACGAGCUGAAAUGUGGAUCAAGCCCCCUGUGGGGAAAGUCUGGAUCACCACGGCCUUGUGGGACCUCACCUUCUACUUUUUGAAACCACAUUUAACUUCCGAUCAACUCUAUGGCUUCUUUUCCUUUUCAAUGCAGACAAUCAAAAGGAUAGGAUUUUACACUUACGCAACGUUGUACUCUUCCAUCGAGCAGUUUUGGGAGCAAUCAUUCCAUUGCGUGUAUUCAAAGCCCGCUUUGUCCGUGAAAGGCCAAGUCAGCUGUGCAGAGAGAGGGAAUCUGGAGGACCUUCCCCAGGAUAUGAUCGAAAUGAUCCUUUCUCGAGACAGCUACCUUACCUUCCAUGCUGUCCACACUGUGGCACGGGCCUUACACGCUGCUUACUCAACAUGGUCCAAGCAGCUUCAUGCUUUCCUGAGGAACAUCCCACUUUCCAAUACUUCCGCGGGUAAAGUGUACUUGGAUGAGAACAGGGACGUUGCAGUAGAUUAUGACAUUGUGCAGUGUUCGAAGAAUUGUCAGCCUGGACAAGCCAAGAUGACUCAGGAAGGGAAGCCAUUUUGCUGCUAUGACUGUGUCCCAUGCCCGGAAGGAACCGCCUCCACAAAGGAAGAUGCAGACCAUUGUGACAAAUGUCCGGAGGAUCAGCAUCCAAACAGUGACCGAGAUAAAUGCGUGUUGAAGGCUAUAAUUGUUCUAUCCUAUGAAGAAUCCUUGGGGGUUACCCUAACUGUCAUUCCUCUCUUCUUUUUUCUACUCACUGGUGGGAUUUUAGGGCUCUUCAUUAAAUUCCGAGAUACUCCAGUAGUCAAAGCCAACAACCGGGACCUCACCUACAUUCUCCUGGUUUCUCUCCUGCUCUCCUUCCUCUCCUCCUUUCUGUUUAUUGGCCAGCCAACGAAGGUGACAUGUCUCCUUCAACAAGCCACCUUCAGCACCAUCUUCUCAGUCUCUGUCUCUUCUGUCUUGGCCAAAACCAUCACUGUGGUGGUGGCCUUCAUGGCCACAAAGCCAGGGAACCGGGUGAGGAAGUGGCUGGGCAAGAAUUUGGCCAACUCCAUCAUCAUCUCCUGUUCCAGUGUCCAAGUUGGCCUCUGCAUCCUCUGGCUGGGAACCUCUCCCCCCUUCCCAGAGUCCGACAUGCACUCCCAGGCUGGGCAGAUUACGCUGCAAUGCAACGAAGGGUCUGUGGGCAUGUUUUAUGGUGCCCUCGGCUACAUGGGCUUCCUGGCUGCCGUCUCUUUCACCGUGGCUUUCCUGGCCAGGAAGCUGCCUGGGGCCUUCAACGAGGCCAAGCUGAUCACCUUCAGCAUGCUGGUGUUCUGCAGCGUGUGGGUGUCGUUUGUGCCCAUCUACCUGAGCACGAAGGGGAAAUACAUGGUAGCCGUGCAGGUCUUCUCCAUGCUGGCCUCCAGUGCUGGACUGCUGGGUUGCAUCUUUAUUCCCAAAUGCUACAUUAUUAUAAUGAGGCCUGAUCUGAAUACCAAGCAGCAUUUAAUGACAAAACUGAAUAGAUAA